AUGGACGUGGACACCACGCUCCGCCUCUCCAACGCGCCACCAAGCCCCCGCCGCCACCGUCGCCGGAAGAUCCGGUCCAAUCUGGCCCGGUUCGCCCGAGAAGUCGACAGUUCCACCUUUCUCCGUCUGGGGCCCGCCACCCAAGAAGUCAAUAUUGAAAUCUCCAAAAACAAAAAGAAAUCGCGGGCCAAGAGGAAAAGUGAGGACAGACCGGGUCCCAGAGGGUCAAAACCCGAACCGGGCCCGAAGAAAAAGAGAGCCGCAACAAUCCCGGAGCCUCACACCCGACUCCUCCCGCCGGAAAUCCUGAACAAAACCGGGCCGGGCCUUGUUUUCUUGUUCAAGAAGAAGCUGCAGGUUUCGGACGUGACGGGGGAUCAGAACCGGCUUUUUGUGACGGCGGGGAUGAUAGAGAGGAUGAAAGAGGAGUUUAUGACGGAGGAUGAGAGGUGGGCCGUUUGGGAUAGGGCGGGACUCGGGAUUAAGUUAUCCGGGGUGGAUAACAGGGGCAACGAGUACAAACUGGGAUUAGCGACUUGGUGGAGCUUGGGAAUGACGGUGAUAAAGAGUGGGUGGAAUCGGAUGGUUAAGGGUAAUGAGGUGAAGGCGGGUGAUUGGGUUGAUGUGUGGGGCUGCCGGAGUCCGGGAAGAGAGGGUUUCCGGCUGGCAUUCAAUUUCAGCGCCGGCGGUCGGGAUGGUGCCUAG